CAAUCCUAUCAGCUUAUACCAAAUGAUGAAGGUAAUACUUUACUCGACUAAUUCCAGGGAUAAGAGGAGGGCGUCGCUUUUCCCAAAACCCCCUGGGCUCAAGACCGAACCCUCUGAUGAGUGGGACGGCAUCCGAAACCCGGCUGAACGACGGCGACGACAGAACAGAGUGAACCAGAGAGCAUACCGUCUGCGCAAUCGCCAUAGGGCCAGACCUGUGGAAAAGACGCCAGAGAUCCCUCAGUCCUCGACAGUGACUGUCAGCCAGCCCCACCUUCAAGAGCUUCUCGAGAGGUUUAUCUAUGCCGCCUAUGGCAAUUACAUUCGGGGCUCUCCAGCUACUGACCAAUUAUUAACCCUGACAAGGGUGAAUGUCUACCGUGCUUACCUCCACAAUAUAACUCUUUUGGGAUUAUCACCCGAUGGCCUUUGCGAGGCGGAUAUUCUCUCACCAUUUAACCAGACGCAGCCGUGGUCUACCAAAGACUCUUUGCCACCAGCUCUUCAGCCCACAGUCAUUCAACAAUCUGGACAACAUCAUCCAUGGCUUGAUUUCUUCCCACAUCCAAGAGCCCGGGAUAACUUAAUCCAGGCGCAGAAUAAUUACGACGAGGAUGAAUUCUGUCUGGAUAUUUUGGGAUUUUGGAGCCAUAGUGCGCCUGAAAACAUGUUGCUUGUAUGGGGGGAGCCGACAGACCCCGGGAACUGGGAGGUAACUGAGCUCUUCAUCAAGAAAUGGGGUUGGGUGAUUUCCGGUUGCCCAGAUAUUCUGCAUAAUACCAACAAAUGGCGUGCUCGAAGAGGAGAGACCCCGAUAUUUCGUUAUUUAUGAUACUGUACUUGGGUACAAUGUCAGAGGGCUUGGACCAUCUUGAAUUAGCCGCUAAGUCAAAAAGAUAACAAAAACAAAAUGUUGAAGGUUGAUACACAUAUAUAUAUAAACCAC